UUUCUCUAUUUAUAUUUAUUUAUUUAAUAUUACAAUUACCAAAUUUAUGUGAUUCAAUUGAAUCUAAUAUAAAAUGGUUUAUAUAUUCAAAUCAAUUAGUGGAUACAUUUUCUGUAAAAGAUUUGAUUUCAAUGGGUCAAGGCAACAUCUUCUAUCAUCUUCAUUCUGGAAAUUAUACAAACCUCUUAGAAUUACCUCACCUGAACAGUAUUUUCGUUAUUGGAAACAGGAACGCAAUAUUUCGCUUGAAUCCAGAAAAUCUUCGACUGAUGGCUAGUUUUGAGUUGCCAUCAAAACCAAUAACAUCAUUCUGUAUGGCGAAUACAAAAACUCCAUGCAUUGAAACACCGGAAUUUAAUUUGUUACUACAAACUCAUGAUAAACAAAAUAUUUGGUAUUGUUAUCUUUAUCAAACAGUCUAUAUGAAUCAGAAUGUCAUUCCAAAUGUACAGUCUGCAAGAUGUGAAAUACCUUCACCGCUUAAUUUAGAACCUGAAUCUCGUUUAGUUCAAUGGGAAAAUUCUGUAUACUCAUCACUUGAUAUAAAUCGUCCAGGUGUAAGUCUAAUGGGUAGUGAUGGUUUCUUGUAUAGCUCUGGUUGGUUUCAUGGAGCUAUGCGAAUACAUCGUUCAAGAUUACCAAAUUUUGAUGGGAAAGCUAAUUGGAAUCAAUUCUUGGCUACUCCACCAGAUGAUGUCUUUUUAAAAGAAUCAACUCAUUUCAUCUGUGCAUUUGAAACAUCGGAUUCUGCUUAUUUCUUAAUUCGUGAAUUAAAAUCACCAACAUGUGAAGCUAGAAUUCAUAAUCGUUUCGUACAAACAUCUAGCUCUUUUGCUGAUACUGAUAAUGUUCAAUUUUCCUCUUCAUCCUCAUUAUCAUUUUCAAAGUCUUCAAUAAAGACAACAAUACUAUCGUCAAUCACUGAAACACCAGUUACACGCCUAAUAAGAAUAUGUAAAAGGGAUCCAGGUGGAUAUCAAUAUGUGAAUGAAGGUGAAUUUGUUACAUUUAGUAAAGUGACAUUGGAAUGUAAAUUUCAUCAAAAUCAUCCUAUAAAUUAUUAUAAUUAUAAGACAGAAAAUAAAAAGGAACUGUUUACUGAUCCGUUACUGACUGAAUUGUCUUAUGGUCAUUCAAUAUCUGGUAAAUGGGAUCCUUUGGAUAAUAAGUUAUAUGUUAGCUAUCAAACUGGCAUGAAAUAUCCUACUGGUGAUGCACUUUGUGUUUAUGCAUUAAAUGACAUAGAAGAUGCAUUCAAUAGUCAAUUAGCACCAAAUGAAAAUUCGGGCAAAACUCAAAUAUUGCCAAAUACUUUUGAAAAUAUGUGUAAAAAUUUGGAUUCUGGUCAGCUGACAGAAUCAAAUAUAGAUAAAAUACGUCAACUACCAAGAACACAUCUAUUACGUGUUAAACAUGUGAAUCCAAUUGAUAAUCGUCCAUUAAUUAUUCGUCCUGUCCCAGGAUUACCAUUUAAACAAAUCAAUCAUCAAUUAGGCUGGUAUCAUAUAGAAAUUGAUCAUAAUGACAAGAAUGUUAUUUUAUAUUUAGCUGGUAAACAACGUAUUGAGCGUUAUGCAUUAUUUAAUUUAUCUACGGAUGAUACCAUGGAGAUAUGUCCUUGGGAUCAAUUGACGAUUGAAGAUUUUGGUAUAGAAAAUGAAAUUAUUACAGGUAUUUAUAUGAAACAUAUCAAACCAAGUAAAGAAUUUUAUAUAUUGACAAGUAAACAUGUCAUUCAAUUACCAAAAUCGAUUCAAUUAUGUGAAACAAUUAAAACAUCAAGUGAAUGUAUCAAUACAAAUAGAAUUUCAUGUAAAUGGAAUAAUUUAUUAAAUAAAUGUGAAAUAAAUUAUAAAACAUUAAUAAAUCAUGAAAAUAUAAUAAAAACUAAUUUUUAUAAAAAGAAAAAUGAUCAAAAUCAAAAUAAUAAAAUUUUAUUCAAUAAUAUUUUUUCAAAAUUUUCUACAUUCAAUCCAAAUUUUUGUUUAUUUGAUAAAAAUAAAUUUCAAAAAAAUAUAAAUGAUCAAUUAAUUAAUUAUUGGUGGAAACAUCUUCAAGGUCAUUUGCAACAACAACAACAACAAGAACAGCAACAACAAUACCAACAAAAUGAAUUAAUUCAAAAUAUUCAAUCACCAAUUAUAUGUAUGACAUCGAUAUGGUCACCUUUAUUAAAUCAAUAUCAGAAUCUUACUUGUCAUUGUCAACCAUGUACUGAUUGUACAAAUGAUGAAUUAUAUAGCAUGAAAGUUAUGAAUUGUUAUUUUCAACCAUCAUGGUCAUUCUGGUCACCAUGGUCUUCUUGUUCAUCAGACUGUGGUCACGGGAUACGCACACGUAUGCGACGGUGUGAUAGUCCACAACCUGUAGAAAUGAAGAUUAAUAAUCAAAAUACUAAGAAACUGAUUGGAUGUAAACAUAGUUACGACAUUCCAGUCGAUGAAAAUCCUUAUCCACCUGAAGUUGAAUUGCAAGUUGAGCAUUGUCAACAGACUAAUAAAGUUUGCAAUCAUGAAGUUUCUUCACCAAUCCUCUUUAAAGAGCAAACAUAUCAUUUAGGUGAAACUUUUCUAAAAUGGAAUGAUUGGAAGGAUUGUUCUACUAAAUGUGGGAUUGGUAUAAAAACACGUAAUUUAAUUUGUUCAACAAUUAUCAACAAAUGGGAUCAAAGUGAUACUUCACAAUGUUCUAUUGUGAAUUCUGAAACAAUUGAUACAAGAAUUUGUGAGAAUUUCACAUGUCAACAAGAAAUUGUUCACUCAGAAUGGACACCUUGGUUAAAAGUAUUGCCUAAUAAUCCAUGUAUAUUAAAGUAUACAACAAUACCUGGUCGAUUAAAUUCACAAGUAUAUUAUGAACAACGUCUUCGUCAUUCAUGUAGUGUACCAUUUGAAAAAGCUAAUGAUUUACAAAUUGUUAGAACACAAAUCGUUGAAAGAAAAUGUUUCAGUAUUGAUCAAAAGUGUUCUAGUGUAUCAAACAUAAUAAACAGUCAAACUGAUGAAGAAAAUAGAAUUGUUUCUGAAACAACUGAAAGAUCUUCUAACUCAAUCUGGUCACCAUGGAGCGAGUGGUCUGAAUGUAAUCAAAAUUGUAUUCCGUUAGAAAGUAUUUCGUCAGCUGACCAACUAGAUAAACAACAGACAAAGUUUUCCAGUACCAUCCUUUAUACCUCGAAUCAAUAUCAAAUUCGUACACGUAAAUGCUUAUCUAGUGCGUGUUCACAAAAUAAUCGUUUAGAUGCUGUUAUUGAUUUACGCAGAUGUCCUUCCAAACCAGCAUGUAAAAGUGGCUGGUCAUGCUGGUCUGAUUGGUCAAAUUGUUUCUCGACGAAAUAUGAUAAAAGGAGCAUCAAGUCUCCAUGUAAUUGGCGUGACGAUGGGAAAUCAACACGUACACGAACUUGUAUACUAACACCAUAUGAUCAAAAUCCAGAGAAACAGAAAGUAAUUUGUAGUGGAUAUGAACAAAUGAAAAAGCAAUGUAUUUGGUUUGGUGGUGAUCAAACAGAGUGUUCUGAGUUUAAUUUAACCGGCAUAUAUUCCGAUAUUCCAAUUGAUAUAAACACAAAUUAUCAUAAAACUUCAGUUUGGAGUAGUUGGUCCACUUGGGCAUCAUGUGGAUUGAUACAAACACAAACUAGUGGAAAUGAACUUCAAUUUUCCGAAAAUUCAUUGGACCCAACAAAUCCACACCUACUUGCUGUCCGAAGAAGAGAAUGUCAGUUAAUUAAUAUUGACAAUAGUGAAUUAUAUGCAGUGGAUAGUCACAGAACAGUUUGUUCUGGUUCAUGGAAUCAAAUGAAAACUUGUCCUAAUAUGGCACUGAAUAUUGCAGGAGGUAUGCUUAUUCUAUGUUAUGACUAAAGCAAUCAUUAUCCUUAUUAAUUGCUUCGAUUCUCCUUGUAACACUGAUAGUUGAUAGACUUAACUGCAACAUAUUUAUAGCUCCAGUAAAUGAAGUUUUACUCACUGCUUUUCACUGAUACUGGAGUUUUAUACAGAUGUGAAAGUGUCCAAGCUAACAAUGUAGACUAAAAACAGAUUGCUAGGUUUGUAGAACCUUGAAAAAGACUUCAAAUUAUUGCCAUUCUGUCCAACAACUACGUCAACUGAGAUCGUAAAAAAUUGUUUUACAAAAUUCAAGGUAGCUCAAUAUGACCUUCAAAAUGACUUCCAGUUUUGCUAGUGCACUUGUCCGAUUCCUGUUUGUGCUGUUCAAAAAACCCAAGCUAGUCCUUAGAAAUUAGGUGCUUCAUAUUUUGCUAGAACUGUUUGCAAAGAAGAUUUUCCGAAGUUCAGAUCAUCAGAAACCAUCCGAUCAGCAUAAGAGGCCUCACACAAAGUUUUUGUAGACACGACAGAUCAACGGUCGUCGUGGAUAGUUCUCACUUAAACAACAGAUCUAUUAAAGAAUGGCUGUUAUCUCCAGUGCUUUAUAUCUCUAAACACCCUUCAACGCCUCGUGAAUUUCCUGGGAAUAUCAUCAAGUUUCGGUCUUAGGUCAUUGUCCCGUUUGUUCAUCAAUCUCUAUCGUCAAGGUCGCUUCCUUAAGGUCUUUACAAGACAAUCAGUUUAUGAAAUAUGAUUAGAUGUAAUUAUCAUGGGAAUAGGAAACAGAUAUCGGCAGUCAAUUUAUUAAGUCAAAACACAUCCCUAACAGUACUCCAAGUUGCAAUAAAAUGUUUGGUCAUGUGAACAGAAAAAGGAUAAAAAAUAAAUUCACAACUCUUCAUAUAAUCUUAAUUGGUCUGCUGAGUUUUGUCGCCGGGAUAUUAGUGGCUGGUGUGGGAAUAAUUAUUUACCAUAGAGAAUGUCACAAACGAUAUUUGACUAGAAAUAUUUAUGGUAAUAAUAAAAAUAACAGUAUCAGUAAGUUAAAAAGUGGAUUAGUUCUUGAAGAUGAUAUAAAUAACCUACAUCCUAAUCAUUUGAACUUUUCACCGCCACCUCAGCCAAUUCUAACUUUGCCUAUACCAAACAUUGUAACAUCAUCUAUAAAUGAGAAUUCACUAAAUUGUGGGUACCGAAAAGCUAACAGUAUUGUUUACGAUUCAGUAGCUUCACAAGAUGGUGUUACGUAUUUAGAGCCAAAUAUCAAUUAUCAGCAAAAGUCCAACAAUGAUCAACCGAACGCAUAUAGUAGAUUUAAUUAUAUACCUGAUUCACGUUCAAAAGAUGAAACAUUUAGUAGAAGAGAAACAACAACUGCGGCCAAUAAAGUAGAUGGUAUGUUGAGAAACGAUGGAUUUUGGAGUUAUCCUCGUUCAGAUCGAGUUAUAACACCGUCAAACCCACUGAAUUUUAAUGAAGACAAUGUUUCUAACUUACCUACUCAAUAUUAUCAUGAUACAAUUGGUUAUCAACUUCGUCAUCAUCAUCAACACCAUAAUUCCAAUCCGGCUUCACAAUUUUAUAGUACAGACAUUGGUCAUUUGCCGCAAUCAAAAGAUAAUCAUGAUGACUACGGUAAAUAUCUAGACAAUUCUCUAUCCCCAUCACCUUCAGGUUAUAAACCGAGUGAAAUUUUCAAACGAAUAAACAUCGAUACGGUACAACAGUAUUCACAGUCUCCUAUAUUAAUUCCUCAAAAUCAUCCUAAAUACCGAAGGAAAUCUCAGAUUCAUAAUCAAACUAUAAGUACAAUAUCAACACAAUUAGAACCAUGGUAUGCCUCAGCUGCUAUCGGUUUACCGAACAGUAGUGGUAAUAGUAAUAGCAAUCGUCGAUUAAUGUCGGAUUAUGGCACAUCACCAAUGGAUAUGACGAAUACACAUCAAUAUCGUCAUGAACAUGUCGUCAGUCAUGAUGAAAAUAAUGAUAACCACCAUGAGGAAAGCUUUCGAUUCCCGCCCAAAAUGCCGAUCCUAUCUGAAAGGCAUAAAUUAUAUGAUGUCAACUCACAGUCUAGAUUGAUACCAUCAUUGUCAGUAUAUUCACAUCAUUCUUAUAGCUCAAACUUUUUAGAUGCCGAUAAUCGAUCAUCUGUAUGGAGUGGAGGUGAAUCAAUUCCCUUCGAAAGACCAUCUAAUCCACACUUAAGAGAACCAAAUGAAUUUUUUGAGCAACAGUCACCUUCAUCACAACUACUUCCCUCCCAAACACACCCGCCUCACAUUACAUCGGAAGAAAUUCCUUCCUCUGUACCGGUAACAACUUAUUGUAUAACACCAUGAACUUUGGAGCAUGGUGAUGUUUAUUUUUUUAAUGACUAUUUUUAGGCUAACAGACAAAACAUUAGGCUUUUAUUUUAAUUUUUCCUAAAUUUUCUUCUUCCCUCAUACCUUCAAGUCUAAAUAACAUUAAACAUAAUACUGUGCACUUAUAGCAUGAGUAGUUAUUUGUAUUUGUGAAAGGUUGUAAACAUUGAAUUGUGCAUAGAUUUAUACGGUUAUGCAUAAUUUGUAUUUAGUUAUGAUAAACACAAAGUUUAGUUCGUGAAAUAAUAUUAGAUAAUUCAUGUUCUUUAGACUUACC